UCUAACGGAGACAAAAAGAAGGCGAACAUAUUGGUUUUCCUCCGAUUCUAUACUUUCGAUCCUCCUCUCAUGUUACGUAACUCAGCCACGAUCACGUGACAAUCGACCUAACAGCGACAGUGGGGAUCGCCUGCUUGAGUAGCUUGAGUCGAGGUUGGUCGAGGUAUUGAGGUUGAUUGAGGUCCAUGCGAGUCUCGCCAAUUCUUCUAUGACUCUUCGAUGAAACCAUGAAAUUUCGUACCCUGUUCAAAGAUAUUCUUGACAAUGAGCAAAAGCGUCAAAAGUUGGACGGAUCUUCCCGAUAGAAUGAAACCAGAUUUUGUUUCAUACGAGGGAAAUUACGAUUUUCCGUCAUACUUACCAACAAGUGAAGAAUGCGUUAACAGUAAGGAAGAGAAAAAGGAAGAAAUAGACGAAGAAACAGAUGAAUAUAAAUUAGGACGCAACGAACCAUUUUUGAUCAUGGAAUUAAAUAGACUUGUGCCUUUCACGGAGGAUUCACUGAUCAAAUUUCAUCCUCUUAAUAUGCCUCAUGAAAAGAUCGGGGUAAUAGAAAUAGCAGGAUUUGUAUUAGACAUAAAUGAAACUGACAACUUUUAUCAGUAUACAGUCGAUGAUGGGACAGGAAUAAUAACUGUUUAUUAUCGAAAAAGUAUUAAGUCCGAGAUCGAUGAGGAAAGAAGAAAAAUCGAUGAGAAGUAUUUUCAACAUUUGUCCCGGGGUAAAAUUGAUGUCGAGGUAUUAAAGAUAGAAAUUUGUCCAGAUAAGUUCCCUGAACCACGUCCUGGUUUUAAAUAUCCUGUGGGUACAAGGAUAGAAGAUGCUCUUAUUUUCGAACACAAUUGGUCAUUGGACACUAAGAACGGGACUCGGGGCAAACCUAUAAAGCGUUGUACGUAUGUCUGUGCAAAGGGUCAAUGUCUACCCAGGUUUCCCCAGGAUAAAUGGCCUAUGAAAAAGCUUCUGUUUCACGACUUGUCUAAUUUUCCGUUACUUUUCAUGGCCGAGGAAGUUAGUGGCUUAACAGAACAUCAGUACAAUAAGAAAGUUCUUUCUUGGAUUGAAACUGACGUCCAAAAGAGAUAUAAUAAAGGUCCGUUUGAAACCUUUACAGAUGCAGAAGUGCCUAUAUUUGAUAUGAUAAUAUAA